ACGUUUUGUUGAUAAAAAGAAUAAUUUAGCAAUCUUACUUUUUCAAACUUCCUCUUUUCUGUUCAAACGUGAAAUGCGACUACAGGUGAUUGUCAUUUUUGUUAGUGCAAAACUAUAUUUGUAUCAAGAUUAACUUGUUUUCAUUUCGAGACGGACAUUUGUCUUGUGAAAACAAACUCUGACUAAGAAAAUUAAGGAAGAAGUGGAAUUUACAGAAUGAUCGAGCUUGUAGGAUUUGUAGUUGUACUUUUAGGAACUGUUUCAAGAGCGGAAAACAUAACAUGUAGCAGUGAAUGCUCCGACGAGACGGGAACCUGUAAUCAUACAACAGGCGAAUGUUUGCAUGGGUGCAAGGAUGGGUUUGCGGGACCAGAUUGCUCUUUUGAAUGCCCUGCAAACUGCAAUUUUUCAUCCGAGAACGAGACUGGAACAUGUAAUCAUACAACAGGAGAAUGUUUGCAUGGUUGCAAGGAUGGGUUUGCUGGAACAAGUUGCUCCGUUGAAUGUCCACAGAACUGUGCCCCUUCCGACGACAGAGAAAAUGAAAUAUGUAACGCAACGUCUGAGGACUGUGUCUAUGGAUGUAAAGAUGGAUUUUAUGGUCGCAAUUGCACAAACAAAUGUUCUGAUCAAGUUCCGUAUUGCAUGCGAUGCUCUGCAAAGGAUGGUAACAGUGGAUUUGUAUGCAACGAAUGCAGCAGAAACUUCUACCGAGUUAACGGUAGAUGCUAUGGAUGUAACUACUUUUGUAUUAUCAAGCCAGGUCAGCCUCUACCAACAUGCAGGGAACGUGACGGAUACUGUAAUUUCGGUUGUCGUCCAGGUCGCUAUGGUUUUAUAUGUGGCAGAAAAUGUAGCCCCACUUGCAAUGAUAUUUGUCAAAGGGAAACUGGAUCAUGUAUUGGAGGAUGCGGAUAUCCGAGUUACUGUGGACCAACUUGUGAAAUUGAAUGCCAAGACGGUUGUAAAUUACAACAGUGUAACCAGUCUUGUGAUUGCGUGAAUGGAUGUAAUCAUUAUUACUGGGGAAACAAAUGCCCGAACCUCUGUAGCGGAAGUUGCAAGGUGCCUGCAGACGAUUCUGCAAUAUGUGACAGUAUCGAUGGGACCUGUCUUCACGGAUGUAAAGACACUAAACAUUGGGGUAAUAAAUGCAUUUCUUGCUCAGAUGGUUGUCUAAAUAUAACCUGUGAACAGAAAUCUGGGGACUGCACGGAAGGAUGCACGAAGAAGACAGUAUAUGGUGGGCAAUGUAAAGUAGUAUGCAGUGACAAUUGUUUAAAUGGCACGUGUGAGAGAGCCGACGGAUAUUGUAACGAUUGCAUAGAAGGAAAUUAUGGUAUACAAUGUGAAAAUGCCUGUCAUGUAAAUUGCAUCAAUAGCACGUGCGAUAGAGUAAAUGGAUCCUGUGUUUAUGGAUGUAAAACGGGCACCUAUGGAGAAAAAUGUAACAAAGACUGUAGCGACAAGUGUUUUGAUCUGAAAUGUGAGAGAGUCGACGGUAAUUGUACUGACGGAUGUGUAUCAGGAUAUCAGGGAUUCCAUUGUCUGACCGAAGAUGGACAGAAAAAAGAAAAUGCCGCCGUUAAAUGUACAGUAGAAACGGAUAAGACUGGACUAAUAGUCGGAAUAUGUUUUGGCAUACUGAGUGCAGUAUUGACUGUCUAUUCAACAUUUAUUACUAUUGCACUGAAAAGGAAGACAUCAAAUACAGGAACCCUGUCAAAGGAAGAGUCGACUAAACAAGCGACAUACAUAAAUGUAGCAGAAGAAGGUUCAAGCAGGAACGACAGUGGUUCAAGUGGAAACAAAGAUAACUCUAUAGAGCUAUAUACAGAUUUAGCACGAAGCUCUCUGGACGACAAGACAACAUAUGAUGUUAUUCAAAGAAUAUAGAAGCAGGAAAAUGAGAUUUUAAAAAGGACUUAUAUUAAAGCAUUGAGCUUUAGGACCUUUUCAUUGUUUUAGUAAAUAUAAAGAUACAUAAUUUUUACUAAAUAUGGCAAUUUUACAAACUUGUACUUUAUAAUUCUAGAAAUGUCAUAAAGAGAGCGCUAAAUUUAUAACGUUUUUGAUGAAAUAAGUAGGUUAUAUGAUUCACAAACUCAAUACAUAAUUAAUGGUAUGACCUCGCGGACAUUGCAUGAUGUUGUAUGCACUAUGUGUAUUGCUAUCAUAUAUUUAGGAAUAUUGCAGCAUAUUUAAUCUGAUGACAUAUACAUUGGUAUUUUAUAUACAAUUUCUUAUACUUCUUUUAGCAUGUUUUAUUCGCCGCCAAAUAAUGUAACACGCAACGUUCACCUUACUUCACAAUUUUUUGAUUAAAAUACUCUGAAGAGUACACGAAAGAAUUAUACUUAGCUGUAGACAAAUUCUGUUCUUUGUUUUGAAAAAAAAAACAAUCUUGCAGUAUUUCAAGAAGAGUGCAUUUGAAUCGAAACAAAUCUGAAAUAAUUACACUUGCAUAGAAAGCGAACUUUAUCUGAUCUCAGCAGGUAUUGUGAUAUAGAUAGGCAAACUUGAGUUAGAAUGUAUAGUCCACGUUUUCAUGACACAUUCUAUAACGCAAUUAAUGAUGUAACUGCUACAUAAUGUCAAGUUUAGAUCUGCUUUGUGAUAUUAUUAAGAAGUUCAGGAAACAUUCUCUACAGAACAUAUCUGAAUAUGAAAUUUCAAGGCUACCGUAUUCUUUGCGCCAGUUGAUAUUUAGUGUUUGUAAACCACAGCAACACUACAAAUUGUUUCGCCGUCCAGUUUAACAUUCAGAUAUAUAUUACGAAACAAGAAAUAGUAAUGAUAAAUAAAAAAUAAUUUGUCAUGUCCUCGUGUUGUCGAGUUGACUUAAUACAGUCAAUAAAUGUAGUCACUUGUCAAAAAACGAUGAGUUACUAAUAUAUUUUGCCAUCGAUGCAAGCUUUUUUUUUUUUAUUUUUUUAUAUCCUUGAAUUGAAACCAAAUUAUAUAUUUUUUGAGAUUCUAAGAUUAUUCCUGAUAUUGAUUUGGAUUCUGGGCCCACAUGGUAGAUAUGUAGCCUAAAAUAAUUA